AUGUCGCCCUUCAACCUCUCCGUCAUGGGCGUCGAGAGCAUUCAUCGCCGGACGCGAACGCCAAUUGAGGAAAGCCCGGAAAGCGAGGGAUUUGGUACUGCUGUACCCGUACACAGCCAGGAUCAACCGGAUACCACUCACACGCGAAGCCACACCCAUCACCACCACCAGCACACUCGACAUUCACGGCCGCGACUCACUAGUCAUUACAGCGUCUUCCAGACGUCUUGCACACCUGCUGUCGACAGCCCUCCAACAUAUGUGCAAGCGGCCAAACAACGACCCACGAAUUCCAGAUCCUUGACCGAGGGUUGCGAACCGCUGCCGAGCUACUCAUGCACUGUCGGGGCCGAAGGCAAACUUCUCCUCAACCUGGAAUCUAUCAACCCUCUGUCACCCGUCGGCGAAGGCGAAUGGAGGGAAGUGUAUGCGGUCUUGCGAGGGACUUUGCUCAGCUUUCACCGGGUAAAGGAUGGCGGUGCAGGAAAGCUGCUGCGCACGUAUACGCUGCAGCACGCCGAGGUGGGCUUGGCGCUUGAUGCCCAGCACACCAUCCUCGUGCCACAGACACGGCUGGCCCACCUCAUUCCAAGUGGCGUCAGAGUGAAGGCGUGGCAACGAGAUCCGGAUUCCUUCAAGCCUGUGCGGCAGAGUAUCCUGAGGUUGCGGGUUGAGACGGAUCAGAUUUUGCUGGCUGAUUCGGAUGAGGAACGCAUCCACUCAUUGAUCUAUGCUUUGAGUGCGGCUAUCGACAUCUCUCACGCCAUUGACGAGAGAAGCAUCCCCAAGCAAUGCACUGUACCACGGAGGCGUCGGAGGCAGAGACCUCAGUUCAACGGAGACUUGUCCGACCCUGCUUUGAUCGCUGAGCAAGAGCGUAUCAUGAGGCAAAUAUGUCCUCAAUUGGGAGGAAGUGCACUUGAUACGACAUCAGAUCAGGCUGCUGCGAACGACUCGACAUCAAAUCCACCUCAGACUCCUGCGAGAGAGGAAGAGGAGAUUGACAUGUCCAUGAUGCGGGAAGAAACGGUGGCAAGACCCUCGUCGAAUGAUGGAACCCUUCGACCGUCGACAGUACGGCAGACGACAAGCACCACCAUAAACACCAUGUUCGGAGAGGAUAUGAUGUACGCCACUCUACCAACCAACUUCAACAUCGAUGGCAAAUGGCAGCCACCUCACAACCGCUCUCCAGCGCAAGUGCAGCGGUAUAUCAAACGGAUAAUGCCGGUGCUGCUUGCAGACGCCCCACGAGCAAGCGACAUUGUCAUCAGCCGCGGUCAACGGAUGAAGAUCAACUGGAGAAUGGAGUUACUCGAAGAAUGGGAGCUGCAACCACCGAGCUACAAGUCACAUGCCUUCAACAAGGAUGCUGGCGGGCUUGUGAGGUCGAACUCGCAACGAUCGGCCGCUGGCUCUGCAACGAACCCUGAGCCACAUUCGUCGAGCUCAAUCAUUGCCAGCGAAGACGACGUAAUCACUCCACUCGAGUCGGGAAUGGAGAACCUACAACUUUCGAAGAUCACUUCGACAUCAACCAACAAGGGUGCAUCGAACCAAGCGCCGAUGCGGACUGUGACGAACCCCAAGUCACAAUCGCCAUACCACGCCAACCCCGAAGUACACGGUGUCGUCUUCUGUUUCUAG